AGCCACUUUUGCGCCCCGGGGCCGCGCGCGGGGGCCCUCGGCGACAGCGGCUGGCCGACGGGGGGCGCGGCGCGGCCGCAUGAAGGUCCUCUUCAUCAGGCACGGGGAGGCCGAGCACAACGUGGCCAUCGCCGAGGCGCGGGCUGCUCUCGCGCGCCGCCUGGGGCACAGCGUGCCGGAGGCCAUGGGCGCCGCGGCCCUCCUCGACGCGCGCCUGACGGCGGCCGGGCGCGCCCAGGCCGAGGCCCUGCAGGAGCGCCUGGCGCCCCUCGGCGUGGAGCUGGUGGCAACCUCGCCCCUGAGGCGUUGUCUGCAGACCACGCGGCUGGCCUUCGGCGACGCGGUCCGCCCCCCUGCGCGCCCGUCGCCGUGCUGGACGCGCUGCGGGAGCGCCACGGCCUCUUCCCCUGCGAGCGCCACCGCGGCCGCGCGCAGGUGCUGGAGGCCCUGGCCGGCCGGCGGGUGGCCGUGUGCGAGGUGCCCGGGGAGGACGCCCUGUGGCGCGAGGACGUGUACGAGCCAGAGAGCGAGAUGCUGGGCCGUGCUCGGCAGGUGCUGCAGUGGCUCAUGGGCAGGAACGAGCGGACCGUCGCCGUCGUGAGCCACGGGGUCUUCCUGCACGGCGCGCUCUUGGCCGCUGGGAACGGCCGUCUCGUCCUCGACGCCGCGGCGGAGAGGACCCUCUUCGGAAGCCUGCACCCUCCCGCGAGGUGCGCGCCCUCGACCUCCAGCCCGCGGUCCUGGCUCGCCCGCUCUGCCCCCGCACGCUGGGCCCCCUGGCGGAGCCCCCGCGCGAGGACGUCGCCGGCCCCGACAGGAAGCGGCGCAGGAGGCCGAAGGGCCAGUGGCUGCACCUCUCGGGCGACGGCGCGCGGGCGGAUGCCGGCCUCUUCGUCGUGGCGCCCGCUCAGGCACCAGAGGAGGAGCAGCUGGCGGGCGGGACUGCCGCGGGCGUCGCCGAGGAAGGCGCGGGCGCCGCCGCCGCCGGCGCCCCGCAGGCGGAGCGGGCGCCCGGCCCGACGGGCGCGGACGGCGCCG